CUAGUGACACAGGGUGCUACGUUAUUUCGAUCUAAAAUGACAUUGCUGGACUACUCAAUUUUGUUUUGUUUUGCCGGCAGAAGUGGUUUUUGGUUUUCCUCAUAAUAUCAAUAAUCAUAUUCGAUUAUGUUUACCUUGCACGCUUUACGCCACUCGGCAGUACGACCAACAGUCCCACAAUGGACCUCGAGUCGAAACUUUUGGGGCUGGGUCAACAUGAUGUUCAACCGAGUAGACGAAAAGCGCCUAAAACUAGUUGGACCGGAUCGUUUGUGUGCUGAGUGGCUGCUGCGUAAUGGAGCAAAAGUGAAGUUUUUAAAUGCAUCGCAUGUACAAGAGCACUAUAAUCUACUCCCGGAUGAAAGCGUCCGAACUUUGGUGGAAGAGCUGGACGGUACAGAGUCGGGCAUAAUGCACAUUGGAUUUGACCACUUGAAGGGUUUGAAACACUUGCGAAAAAUAAAGCUACACAAGUGCGUCUACUUACAGGAUCAAGCCUUGGCUAAGCUGAUAUUGGUGGCCGAUACACUCGAAGAUCUGGAGGUAUCGAGCUGUAAAAACAUAUCGGAUCAUGGAUUACUUUGCUUGAAGGAUCUGAAGAAAUUGAAACACUUAGUGACUUACGAGUUGCCGUAUGUUAAAAAUUUAAGUGACGUUGAAAAGCAACUGAAGCAGGCGCUUCCUGAAUGUAAAAUGAACCUUAGGCCUUAGCAAAAAUUUCAGAAUGCUCGAAACUAUAAAUUUGCUUAUAAACGUAACUUCUAGUCUUUUUUAUGUUUCAUAGUAAUUAUAUUUACAAUGUUGACGCUAUCAUUGAAA